GCAUGUUAGACGGCGAUGGUUUCGUUUUCCCAAAAAGAAAGGGUAAAUCACGUAGACGGAGAAAAAAUGCACACGCAGCAAAUACUGAGGUGGCUGAACCCGUCGCUGAUUUGAAGUCGAAGGUAGAUGACUGCUUAUCCGAAAUUAAAGGCAGUCAGUUUUAUGCUAACUUCCGAGACAGCCUGCACAGAUGUUUACAAAUGCUUGAAUCUUCUGUCAUCCACGAAACUAUGUUGCGCAAAGUUUUUGACAAACCUGGAAACACCAAAGACACAGAAUUGGUAGAAACUACUAAGGACUCUUCAUUGACAGACACGUUUCCUAGAACUUUGUCUCACACGCCUACUUCAGUUGGAGUCAAGACAGGUUGCCAUCCAUCACAAACAAGUGACAGUCGCUCAGAUGUCCACACAAAUAUCCAGGACAUCAUCUGCUAUGGUUUGGGAAACUUCUCCACUUGUGUUAUUGCUCGCUACCAGAUGGCACUGCUUCUUGCUUUGCGUGAAAAUCUGAACGUUGAUUUACAACGCUGUCAGCUGUAUGAUCCUCGAUUUACUGAGUGCGAGAAGGAUUAUCUCAGAGCUAGUGGAGUGAAGCUCAUUGCUGAAAACGAAGAGGGAAAACGGACUUGCCAUGAAACGAUGCUGUUUUACAUGCCUCACUGUGAUAAACCCCUGUACAACAACCUGCUGUAUGCAAAUUGGGGUCUGGGCCUUCGUAAUAUUAUAAUUAUCGGGAACAGUUUUAGCACCACAGUUCAAAACUUUUUCAUGUUUCCAGACAAUUUGGCCCUCAAGAAAGGGUGGAUUCACAGCACAAGACAGAAGGGUUUUAUACCUACGGAAUACAGACGUAUCUGCUCUCACCAUUUUCCAUCGGAAAGCUACGAGAGGAAUACAGAUGAACUCGAAAGAUCUGGCUAUUAUGGGGGGCAGCAGUCAACUAAAACCUGAAGCUAUACCCAUGGUAUCCACCACACUGACGUGCACAACCCAGGAAGUCUUUUUUGAGACAAUUUGACCGAAACCCCCGAUGUUGACGUCUGCACGAUAAUUGACCCACUUCGAUGGCUUUCCUUUCAAUUUCGCUGACUUCUACAUAACACAGACAUUCCAAUUCCAUCAGCAUUUUCCAUUUUCACAACGACACCUGCACACAGUGGUUAUGAAAUACCAUUACAGCGUACUAAACUGAACUGAUAACAGAUAGAUAGCAAAUCUCUAUACACUAAAUCUGACGUCCACAUCGCACAUCGUACAAUAACUUGUACGGGUAGUUCUCAUUGCAUAUGUGUAUGAAUUUAUAAUCACUUGGGGAAUAGAAUGAUUAUUUGAAGUGGACAGAAGGAAAGCAUAGUAAAUAUUAAAUCU